AUCGUCCAAUGAGACGCGUUUUCCUCCUCGACUACCGUCCAAUGGGAGAAGGGCUAGAGGUUGGCCUCGUCGUUUCUCCGUUGCUUCUAUUAACAUCUUCUCUGCUUUUCGAAGUGAAUUUAAUAUUCUGUUCGGACGAGGUCCGUUUUUUUCGCUGGGUAAACCCGGAUGUCUAUAACGUCCAAGUGUAGUUAAGUGGACAUAUAGGAACAGAAGGGACAAAAGGCCAAGAAGCAUAGAAGGACUUGUCCUACUGUCCCGGAUAUGAUCGGGCCUAGUCGCACUUCCCCUAUGAACAAGGAGCGAGAGGAGACACCCCCUCCUGCACCGGACGUAACUGCCGAUCCGCGAGCACCCAGAUCCACUUUAUCUUCGCCCUCGUCUACGACCACUGUCAAUCAGUCCAGCGGUUCGGCAAUGAGAAAUAACGAAGUGAGACAGGUGAUGCUGUACGGCAUCCCCAUCGUGGCUCUGGUCAUCGACGAACAAGAAAGACUCUGUCUGGCACAAAUAUCCAACACCCUUCUCAAGAACUUUAGCUACAACGAGAUUCACAAUCGUCGAGUGGCGUUGGGCAUCACGUGCGUCCAAUGCACCCCCGUCCAGUUGGAACUGCUGCGUCGGGCGGGUGCCAUGCCGGUGUCGUCGCGUCGGUGCGGUCUCAUCACUAAGAGAGAGGCGGAAAGACUGUGCAAGUCGUUUCUGGCGGACACUACCCCUCCCCGGCUGCCCGAUAACUUCGCCUUUGACGUGUUCCAUCAGUGCGCCUGGGGUUGUCGCGGCUCUUUCGUCCCCUCGCGAUAUAACAGCUCUCGCGCCAAGUGCAUCAAGUGCACCUAUUGCGGUCUCUUCUUCUCGCCUAACAAGUUCAUUUUCCACUCGCACAGAUUGCCCGACUCUAAAUAUGUUCAACCGGACGCUGCAAACUUCAAUUCCUGGAGACGACACAUCAAACUUAGUGGAACGCCACCGAACGAAGUCAUUUACGCGUGGGAGGACGUUAAAGCUAUGUUUAACGGGGGUAGCAGAAAGCGAGUCAUGACGACGUCCGUACACAACGUUUCGCGUAGUCAGGAUCCCAAGAGAUCUCGACUGCCCCCUUCCGAAAUUCCUACGACGAAUUCGGAGAUUGGAGCGUCUGGAAAACAAUCCUUCUUUCCCAUCGUACCUCUACCCAAUAAGGGCUACUCUCUUCAGUCCGCGCCGUCUUUCGUCCCUCCCACUCCCCCCUCGUUCAGUUUACCCGGCAAAGCCAUGUCUUCGGCCGAUAUCAGACAGAGCUUCGCCGAGUACAUGUGGGCGGGGAAGCAACCCUUUUCCCUCCCCUACGGCGGUGUCCUGUGGCCGCGGCCUCCGGGACUGGUUUCUUCCGUGGUGGACGUGGGCGACAAUCGAACCCCCGAUCCCUGCGCCACCAACGUCCCCUUUCCGGUGGCGGAUCCGGACAACAAGUUGCCGCGACCGCUGUCGUCGGCCAGCGACGCCACGUCCAGAUCGUUCCCCUUGGAUCACGAGGAGAGCAACCCCGACAGCCCCAGGCGCGCUUCUUCUCCUCACGCUUCCGCCUUUAGGCCGGUGGGUCGACUGGGCUCGCGAGCGCUUCAUCUCGAUCCUUCCGCCUCCGAAGCGACCGCCGACGCGUCGCGCGUAUCCGAACCCGCGACGGAAAUCGAACCCAACGCUCGCUCCGCCGACUUUCGUGACGAUUCCGAAAGUUCUCGAGCAUCUAGCGAUCACGACGAGGUGGACGUAACGGACAUUAGCGACGACGGAGCCGAAAAUAACGACGCUCGAGAGGACGAGAACAAACUACGUUCGAGCGUCGAACAUCCUCCCGUUUUGAUGUCCAUCGCACCCGAAGCCGCUCCCGCUCGUCCGGAAAGUAAAAUAUGGAGAGGGGAUAAAGAAGCGAACGUUACGACGAAUGAUGGGUCUUUAUUACAUUCAAUGGUAGGUUUUUAUUUGGCAGCUGAGUCCCCGAAUCGCAGUAGCGAAAACUACAAAGACGGAAAAGUUCGAGAGGUGAUGGAAUUACUUCGGCCUCCGACACCACCCUUAGUAGAAGAGAAGAAUACAGUGUCGCCGACCAUCGAUCCCCAAAAAUUAUCAUCUCUUAGUAAAGAUGAAUUACGAGAGGUGUUAAUGCAAGAAACACAGGCACGCCAUCAAGCCGAGAGAGAGUACCAAAUGAUAAGAGGAACGUUCGAAGAACAAGUCAGAAAAGAAAUCGCUUACAGAGAAGAAAUCGCCAAACAAUUACAACUCGUUCGUGGUAUGAAGUUUUAA